AUGUUCAUUAGUGUCUGUUCUGUGGGGUUUGUUUGGUUCCAAUCAGAAGGAAGAACUGUAAAACUGUAUAUACCUCAGGAAAGUAAAGCCCUAGAUGACUUGGAAACUGCUGAGAGAUACUUUCGAGUCAACUUUCGAGAUGAGAUCGUCCUAUUGGUAGCAAAGCGCAAUCAUCCCAAUGUUCUUUAUCCUGAGUGUCUGAGACAGGCUUUCCGUGCCCACAAGGCAGUUAUGAACCUGGAAUCCUAUGUCGACUUCUGUGUUACACUGUCGGGGAACAAAUCCAGAUCACCAGAAGACUGCGUGAUGACCAACCCACUAGAAUUUCUCCAAUUUAAUGAGAUUAACCUGAUCGGGAAAGACUUGACACAAGUUCAACUUGAACUAAACAAAGCUGCUAACGACACAAGCUUGGUCACUCGAAAUGGACGCCCCUUUUGGUUCAAUCUCGACGGAGUAUUUGGAAGUAUCACCCGAAAACAGGAGAUCAUAACUGGUGCGAAAGCAUUACAGAUGAUUUAUCCCAUUCGUGCUCCGUCUGAUGACGACGCAUACGAAGACGUGCUCAAGUGGGAGAUGAAAUUUAUCGAAAAGAUGGCCUCGUUGGUGGACAAACUUUCUUGCUUUGAAGUCCAUUAUUCAAGCGAACGGAACAUGGAUGACGCUAUUGAUGAAAGCACUGGGUCUGACGUCACACUGGUGUCAAUCACUUUCACUCUAAUGAUCUCCUUUGCUUGCUUCAUGCUGGGCAAGUUCUUCAAUCCGCUGACCGGCCAUUCCUUGCUUGCUAUCGCAGGAGUGUUUGCAGUGGCCCUAGGCAUUUUAGCAGGACUUGGACUGGGCAUGUGGUUCCGCGUGCCGUUUGUCAGUUUCGUAGGAAUCCUGCCGUUCCUUGUUCUUGGGAUCGGUAUCGACGAUAUGUUCAUUAUGGUAGAUGAGCUUGAUCGACAACCAAGUGAAAUGUCAACGAUAAAAAAGAUUAAAGCAGUCACGAGGCACACAGGUACAACCGUUACAAUGACAACCGUGACGGAUUUGGUAGCAUUUGCUGUCAGCACAUCCACUUCGUUCCCAGCUGUAAGGUAGGGCAUUUAGAUUAAUUGCUGAAUAAGUGUACUUUUACAAUGGCAGUUUGGAAGAAUAUUGUCUGAUUCUUAUAGCACUGUCAAGACAGCUAAUCAAAGAGUGGCUACAAAGUUUUCGGUACUAAUAUAAGAACCCUCUUUUAGGGGGGCUUUUACAAAUCAUAGCGCGCUCUUGACAAGAUUUGCGUAACUUAAGCACAAAAGUUUUUCACUUUUUUCCAAGUUGCUUCAUUUGCUUGAAAAACCCACCAUUUGAAUUCCAACAAGUAAUUAUAUAGAAAAUAUAAAAUGAGAAGAAAGGAGGAAAAGUUAGUGGCCCGUAAAGCAGCAAAAUGGUAUUGCUGAAUUGAUUAUCUUUAGAAGGAUAUGGUUUGCUCAGAGAUAUUCCAACCAGUCUCCAGACAAUUGUGAAGGGUAAAUUAUUCUCAUUUAAUUGUUUAUCCAGUAAUGAUAUAAAUACUAGAAUGGCCCCUACAAUAAAUUAUAUAUUUGUUCAUAUACUGAAAAUUUCCACCGAUUUUACGAGCCAUUGGCACGUGGAAUACGACACUGAUCAGUGGUGCUGCCUUAUCUUUGUUUAAGGUAUUUCUGCAUCUACGCCGCUCUCACCGUGACGUCAUCAUUCCUGAUGAUUGUCACCUUCUUUGUGGCCGUCAUGACCUACGACGUGAGGAGAAUUAAAUCUGGUCGCAGAGACAACUUUCCAUGCUGUUUGGCACCUCGGCCCAAAGAUGGAGAGCCAGCCUGGGACGAGCCCGUCGCACAGACGUCAAAUCGGGUCAUGAAGGCCUGGGGAAAAUUCUUGAUGUCUCGAGCAACAAAAUGCGUGGUUAUAAUUAUCUCGCUGGCCCUCCUUAAUGCUGGGAUUUACGGAGUCACCCAGGUGGACGAGGCAUUUGAUGAGAGAAUGCUCGCGAAAGAUGAUUCUUAUUACAAACAAUUUUUAAUGGCUCAGCAAAAUCACUUCGACCUUUCCAUUCCAGUGAGCAUCGUGGAGACUGGUGGGGUCGAUUACAAGAUGAGGUCCACCCAGGAGCAAAUCAAAGCAAUGACAAAUAUCGUCACAGAGAAUGAAUACUACGAAAAACGCUCGUUAUCCUGGAUGGACGAAUUCUCCCAUUACGCUGAGCAAACUAAUAAGAGUAUCACUGGGCCAAAUUUUUUGCCCGCUCUGAAGGAAUUCCUUCGCAUUCCAGCCUUUUCUCAUUUUAGUCAAGAUUUGAAGUUUACUGAGGAUGGUGCCAUACUGGAAGCCUCUAGGAUCCUUGGUUUUAUGAAGGGUAUCAUUAGCUCCACCUUUCAUAAAAACGCUAUGCUCACACUCCGUGAAGAUAUCACAGAAAAAUCGGAACUUGAUGCCUUUCCUAUCAACCGAUUUUUUAUAUACUUUGAGCAGUACGCCAUUACCACCAGAGAAACUGUAAGGAAUCUACUUAUCGCAGCCUUAGCGGUGCUAGUUGUCACAAGCCCCUUUCUGAUGGAUUGUACCGUGACUUUCCUUGUGGUGUUGAACUUUGCAGCCCUGAUAUGCGAGUUAUUUGGUUUAAUGGUCAUCUGGAAUGUUUCGCUGAAUUCUGUAACUAUGAUCAUCCUCGUUAUGGCCAUUGGAUUUGCAGUCGACUACAGUGCCCAUAUCGCACAUGCGCACAUAACGUCAAACGAAGCUACAGCUAAUGGACGAGUAGUGCAUGCAUUGAGUACAUUAGGAGCUAGUGUGUUCAUGGGAGGUAAGUCAUGUGUUUGAUCUAGUUUAUUUUAUACGUUGUGUUAAUUUCACCGAUCAUUUGCACUGUUACUGGAAGUGUGAAAUACCAGUGAAAAAGUAUAACUAUUGAUUUAUUACUUUCAUGUGAGUAUAUCGGCAGUGAGUCGACUGCCACGAAAGAAGACUACAUAUUCUUUACUUGAAGUCGUUGUAACUGUAGUUUUCUUUAUGUAUGCUUUAGCAAGACGAUUUUUUAUUUCAUGUCCAAAUUUUCUUUUGAUCUGAGUAACCUCCACAUUGUGAAAAGACGGCGACCAUUUCGCCCGUUUCUGUGUAUAAUUGUCUUAUUUGGUUGUUGCCGUCUUGUUGCAUGUUCCUAGGAUUCAGUACCUUCCUUGGCAUGGUCGUUCUUGCAUUUGCCGCAUCGGAGAUCUUCCGAAUAUUCUUCAAAAUGUUCUUCGGCAUUGUCGUACUCGGUCUUCUUCACGGCCUGUGCAUCCUGCCAGUUUAUCUGUCCUUGCUGUGGUGGAGACCGUCUGUUAUUAUCAGAUCCCCCUCACUAGGGGGCGCCUCUGGGAAACUUGGCAGUGGAGACGUCAGAGUGGAAGAGAUCGACGUGACAGAAAACAAAGUUCAGCACGAAAAUAGAAGAGAGAAAACCACUUUGAUAGGUAAAAAUGAAGCCAGCCACGGAGAAGAACAAGAAACAGACACCGCGCAAGGCCUAUUGACGGAUUCCGUCGAAGCAUUCGUUGAUGAAUGGGCACUAACAAGGGCUCCUGAUCCUGAAAGGGAAACAAACGUCUAGUGGAGGCACCUAAGACUAUUUGGGUAACGCUGCUCAGUAUUCCACUAAACGUCCAUUGAAACUGCUGACUUAGCUGACUAAGCUAACUUAUUUCCAAUUCAGAGAUGAAAUCGGGACAAUCAGUAGCACACGGGCAACUGAAAACCAUUUUGAUCCCGGAGCUUUUAAACUAAGUGUUAUAAAAGCAAAACUAAAAUAAACAAAUCGAUAAUUCAAAACUUAAGUAUCCAAAAGAACCCAAAAAACUGCUUCUAGGGCGGGAGAAAAAGUGUGACUUAAUCGCAAUUGUUUUAAGGCUUGUGCCUGAUUGGUUGAGGUGACAGCGUGAGUUUUGUGGGCCAUUCCCGAUGAGCAAAAAAACUAAAACAGUGAAAACUCUACUCCCAAUAGUAAAUAACUUCUGCCUUGGAGAAAAGUGAGCGAUUUUAUUUUACUCGCUUCACAAAGCUCGAAAAGUAUUUAUAAAAAAGGAAUUUAAAAGACAUUUAUCACAUUAUUGUAUGUAAUGAAUACCCAAGGAGUAAUGUGUGGAUCAAUAUCAGUAUCUGGGUAACUGCCCACCUACCCCUCCCCUAACCCAACAUUAACCUUAACUUGUUGUCAAUUGACUGUUGUUGAGUUAGGGGAGGGUUAGGUAGGCAAUUGGCAAGAUACUGAUAUUGAUCCUAACGUGUUAAAAAGAGUAACACACCUUUCAAAAUUUUGAAAAUAUUCCGGUUAAAACCUCAUUACUUCAUUUCAUUACGCGGUACCGUUCUGUUUAUAGUUGGCACUAGUUCCAAUUUAUGAAGCGAAUAUUUUUCCUGCAUUACUCUAAGAUAAAUCAUUGGUAUCAGUAAAAAUUUCGAAAUAAGUUUUUUUUUUAACUCGUGUAAUUUGUAUUCCAAUAAAAGCGUGCUACUUAACUUAUCUCGACUACGACUCUAACAACAGCUUAUAACCAUUAACAAAAAUCUAUGC